UGGGAAUAAAAAAUUUGAGAUUUUUAUUUUAAAUUACUUUACUUUAAAUUUAUUACUUUAAAUUAUUUAUUGUAUUGUUCAUUUCGAGAUUUGUGAGGAGAAGUUCGGAAUGAGACUUAAAAUUGCUGUGGGGAAAAUGAGACAAGAUUUUACAUCAAGAAUUUAUAGGCCACGAAAUUGCCAAUAAUUCCGAUAAUUUCCAGUAACUUUAUUCCAUAACAGAACAUUUCCAGUAACUUUAUUAUAAAUAAACUUUGUCAUUCCGCUCAAGUAUUUCAUCAUUAAACAAGUUUGUUUACAUGGUAUUUCAGUCCGUCUCAUUCUCCAGAAAUCGCCAAAAUCCACUCCACCCGACAGAACUUUCACCCCGUGUGUAAGUUACACAGUGUAACUAAUAGUUUGUUGUCCACUCCGGCCUGCCUAGCAACUUUCUCUCCUCCAAUUCACACAUGCUUUCACCUCACUCAAAGAGAAAAUUCCUUCCUUUUCAUUUCCAUAUUUUCCCACACAGCAGUCCCACCAGCGGAAUAAAAGGUGCAUAUCAAAAUGGGAUGAGAGGCGAUGGUUGUUGUCUGUGUACCCAAGAAAAAAGGUGUCCCCUCCUUUCUCCAAAUACUCUUUUUGUACAUUGCUCAACCAAAUAAUUGUGCUAUAACUAUGCUCCAACUUUCUCCUUAUAUUGCUGCUCAAAAAAAUUGACACUACAAACACUGCGUCCUUCUUUUGCAUAGCGUUACUCACUGGUCAGCCAGCCAGCGUUACCUUGAAACUUGGAUAAUAAUUGAUAGCACGACAUGGAGGACAAAAUCGAUACAAAUAUAAAACUCCUACUGCUCUGUGCACUACGCCAAUUUCAAUAAUAAAAAGGUGACGGGUAGGAAUAAUUGGAUUAGUUGGAUGAGUGCCUUGGUUGCCUGCCUGGAAAUAUUUUGCUCCACGACGAGCUCAGUAUUAGAUUCGGAAUAAAAUGAAGUUAAUUUUCUUAAUUUUAAUUGUAAUGUUAAGUUGUGAUUUUUCUUGGGCGAAAUUCGUCUCGGGACAUUUAAUCACGCAUGAGAACUGGGCAUUUUUGGACAGAUUUUGUUUCUUAUCGAUCGAUGGCAGUUUUGAGUAUCAGAUUGAAUUCGAAUAUGAUCCGCAGAACAUGGGGGACAUAAGUUUACUCCUCUACCCAGACCUCCUCUGGCCUAAUGCGUACAAUAAUCUUAAAGCUAACACAUGUCAAAAGCGAACCGAAAUUCUCAAAUUGGGUGAAAAUCAGAUCGUUCCUUUAGCCAAAGGCGUCCUUGGUUCGGGAUGUGAGGCUGUAAAUCACCCAAAAUUGGACGAAAAUGGGAAUACGACUUAUUCUACGACGCUAUUGUGCAAAAAUUAUAGAAAAUUUAGAUCUGCCAGGGAAAGAUGGUGGUUUAUUGGGAUUGCGAGUUGUAACAGCAAAAAGGGACUCGAUGUAAAAUAUAAAUUUUACAUGAAAAAUGGAGAUCGUGGCGAUUAUUGGUAUGAACAUUUCUCGGCAGAUGAAUUUUACAUCCUCCCAAUUUUGACAUCAUUUUGUUUCGUGUAUUUAUUUUUGCUAUUCUGCGCAUUGAUUUUUGCCGUUGAGUUAAAAUGUCGUCAGCUGUUGCACACGACGUACAAACUUUUCCUGGUGUCGCUCGCCCUCCAAACGGCCGGGAUUAUGAACUUGUGCAUGGCCUAUGGAAAUUUUGCGUCGAACGGCGUUGGUCUUCCUGGCGUCAAAUUGGCUGGGAGAAUUUUAGAAGGCGGAAGUGAAUUCGUCUUUGUCCUCCUUCUCCUCCUCUUGGCAAAGGGCUACACCGUGACUCGAGGGAGAUUACGCCCAUCCAGCGCAGUCAAAUUAACAGUUUUUAACUGUUUGUAUAUUUUAUUGUAUAUUUUACUCUUCAUUUUUGAACAAUAUACGUUCGAUCCAGGUCUGGUCCUUUACAUUUACGAGUCUGAAGCUGGCUAUGGAAUCCUGAUUUUGAGACUUGUCGGUUAUUUGAUGUUCGUUUAUGGGAUUUUCUUCACGUUGAAACAUUAUCCGGAAAAAUCAUCGUUUUAUUUUCCGUUCUUUGGCAUUUAUUCGUUGUGGUUCAUUUCCGGUCCGAUUGUAAUUCUAAUCUCGAAUUACGUCAUUGAUAAAUGGGUUCGAGAGAAGGUUGCGUUGUCAAUUCUGCACUCGAUCGCUUUCGUGGGACAUGUCGUGUUUUUGGGUUUGACACGACCUUCCGCUGCGAAUAAAAGCUUUCCUUACCACGUUCGAACUACGCAGGUCGGCAUGAUGGACGACAAAUUCGAGGGUGGCACCGGUGGCGUUGCUGGUCAAGAUAAUUUCGAAGCCCAUUCCUACGCACCGUCCGCGCCCGCUUACGACAUUUUCACAGUCACCGGAGUCGUCCAGCGAACUACCGACGGCCCAAAUUUCGAUUUAUUCAGUGCAAAUGGUUCCUGUGGCGUCCAGCCAUCGAGUGGUCCCAUAUUUCCGGCCAUGUUCCCCGCACCUCCUCCGAAAUAUGAGGACGCAUUCCCUCACGAGAGACCAGGUCAGAUUGAGGAACUUUUACGAGAAAAUGAUGACGAAGACAUGGACGAAUGUGGGGACGGAGGGGAUGAACACAGUCCCGCCGGCCUAAGCAAUGAUGAAGAUGACGCUUCAAGUGCAAGUUAUCGUCCUACCAGUUCGCACAAUAAUAACAAUAAUAAUCCCAAAUCUGCACCACAACCAAUCUCCAUUUUAGGAAAUAGGGAAAGUAAAUACGUUUGUGACUGAUGGGUUUAAAAAUCAGGAAAUAAAUUAGUUUA